AUGUUUGAGAAGGACGAGACUCCAAGGAGAAAGGUGAAGGGAGUGAAGGUGCAGGUGAAGGUAGAGGUGAAAAGAAAGGAAGGAGAUAAGAGGAGAGAGGAGUGA